GAAAAGAUGCGAGAAUCAUUAUUGGCCUUUUCUGGGAACCAGAAGCAAGAAAGAUCUUCUGUGAGGCUUAUAAACUUGGAAUGACUGGCGAGAGGUAUGUCUGGAUUCUUCGAGGUAUAGGAUACGUGAAUCGCCAGUUUCUGACCCAGGAUGACCCCUCCGUCUCGUGUACAGCCGAAGAGAUGAUCGCAGCUGGUCAGACAGCAAUUAUACCAAAUUGGGUCUUCCACACAGACUAUCCGGGUAUUACAAUUAGCGGAGAGACUGCCGCGGAGAACGAGGAACGUUAUAAAGCAGUCGCCGGAAAUAAAUUCAUGUCAUUUUAUACCUAUCCUUACGAUGCUGUGUUUGCUAUGGCAGCGGCCAUGAAUUCUUCCAUAGACGUCCUUGCGCAAGUGAAUAAGACCUUGGAUAAUUUCGAUUAUGACGACGUGGAGAUGCGAGACAUUAUCAUGGAUCAACUCGAUAAAUUGGAUGCAGAAGGGCUUUCGGGCCCGCUUGCAUUUGAGAACGGAGAUCGGCUCGGGAGAUUUAUUAUUGAGCAAGUAUGGGAUGGCGAACCAAGGACGGUGGGGUACUAUUACGACAACGACAAUCGCUUCGACUGGUCUGGAGAGUACAAUAUAUCCUGGAUCGGCGGGAAUCCACCCCAUGAUGAAAUCUUCUUCGAGAGUGAGCUUCUUACAAUGCCCAGGAGUGUAUACGCAGCUAUCAGUGUCUUAUCAUAUUUAGGCAUCAUCUUAGCUAUUGCUUUCCUGGCGUUCAACGUAGCACUCAGGAACCAAAGAACAAUCAAAUUAUCCAGUCCAAACAUCAAUAAUAUCAUUAUUUUGGGCAGUAUCAUGACAUUCUCGUCCGUGGUGCUAAUGGGAACCGAUGCCCGGAUCGUCAGCCUUCAGAAGAUGGAUUUGAUAUGUAGGGCUCGACUGUGGACCCUUUCUCUCGGGUUUACCCUCGCGUUCGGAGCAAUGUUCUCGAAAACUUUCAGAGUACAUAAAAUAUUCAUCAAUAAGAAACUACAGAAGCGGUCUGUAAAAGAUUAUCAACUCGUGGUAAUGGUUGGAGGAUUUGUGUUUGUGGAGAGCCUCUACCUCCUUAUCUGGGACGUUGUUAAUCCAUUACGAGCUCAAGUGAUUCAAUUUACAGAAGACGCUUCAGCAUCAGAGGAUCGGGUGAUCAUUCCAGAACUUCAGGUGUGUAGGAGAAAUGGUAUUAACAGCCUGUCAUGGCUCUCAGGGAUUUAUAUCUUCAAUGGUAUAUUACUCAUGUUCGGCCUUUUCCUGGCUUUUGAAACAAGAGCGGUCAAAAUCCGUGCCCUGAACGACGCCAAGAAUAUCGGCAUUUCUGUGUACAACGUGUCCAUUCUGUCGUCAGUGGGGGCGCUGUUCAACCUGGUAAUGGACCCUAAAGACUACACAUUGGUCUACAUUGUUACCGGUAUGUGUGUGAUCGUCAGUACCAUCACAACUCUCCUCGUCAUAUUUUUACCCAAGGUUAUUGAUGUGAUAAAGUAUCCUGAUGGAGCCCCUGUGUCGACCAUGCCGGACGAAUUUUCCACCAAUCUGAGCACAGCAAACACCAAUGGCGGAGAGCAGAGGAAGAAACCAUUCCUGCCGACAGUAUCGUCCAAAGUCGGUGACGGAGAAAGUGCAACCAACGGGGUCCAUAAUGGUCAUCCGAGUCCACAAAAGGCCUGGUCAGACAAUAAGGAUCAAGAAUAAAGCGCAAGAUGAUAAUGCAAGAAAUUAUAUCAAGUUUCUUUGUUAGGAUUAUCAAGAUAUUAUGGUUCGUGGACUUGGAUUGAAAAUUCGAGUCUGAGCUCCAUAUUUCAUAUAUAUUCAAAAGUAAGCCAGUCUGUCAUUUUUCAUACGCCCACGAAUUGAUAUCUGCAUUCUCAGGGGAAAAUGGUUCGACUUUGCAUUUUAUGAGGUGUACCCAAAUACCACAAUAUGGUAGCACCUUUAGAAGUUCAACUUUGCACCUCUGUGAUCUUUGAGAACCUUGGUAUGUGCAACUAUGCACCUUACAGACCAAAAAGGUGCACAAUAGCAAAGUACGCCCAAUGUGGCACUGGUAAAAAUUUCUUCUAAAAAAUAACAGAAAAAUAAUGAAAAAAUAAUUGGUAGAGGAAAAUCUUUCAAAUAUUUAUCAAGCUAUUAGAAUUUAAUCUUUUGAUCUGUGACGUCAUAUCCGGGCAGCUUCCCAUGUAUCGUGAAUAAAAAAAAAUCAAUGAAAUUUUCUCACAAAAUAGAAAAUGAGAUUUCUUGCACCCGCUCCUGAGAGAAGAAAAAAUUAAGUCAUUGUGAACCAUUAAAGAAUUGAAAUUCAUGCAUUUAUAUUACAUAAAAACAUGGGGUAACUGCUCGCAUAUAAAUUAAAAAUCUAAAAUUUUAUAAUAGCUUACUUAAUCUUUCAUGGAUUUUCCUCAAACCUUUACCAAUAUUUUUUCCUUGUGCUCUUUCUUUACGUUAUAAUGGCGAACAAAACAAUAAAUUAUUAUUUUCAGACAGUUAUGAAUGAUCUGAGUGAAAAAGGAGCUGAAAAAUCGAACUUGUACACAAACAUGACAAAGAAAAUUUGUGUCACAAUGGGCUAUCCAUAGUUAAAUCACAUUUUUCGACUCGCGUCUAACCCGAGUUCAGAAUACGGGCCAAUGAAUUUAAGAUAGCUGUUCCAAAUACAAUUUUUGUUUGACAUUAACAUGGAAAAUAUAUCGAGAUCAACUACAUUUCUCUCGGAUAAUGAUUUAUUCUAAAUGGAAACAAUGAUAACACGUGUUUUAUUUUUAUUUCAGUAAACAUUUUAAUUUACAAAAGAUAUUUCCUCAAAAAAGGAAGAUACAUACGCAUGUCGUAAAGCAAAUACUAAAAGAAAGUACUGUUCCAUUGAUAAUAUUAAAGUAAAAUUAUGGAUUGUACAAUAGAAGUGAUAAAGCAAUUGGAAUGUCACUUUCCCGGAACGAUAGUUUGAUGAAAUUUUGUGAGUUCACGACUUUGAUUAGUUGUUUAUUGUUAUUAUUGAUAUAGUCCUGUUUUAGACAAGAUCAACUUUAAGAUCAAUCUAAGAACUAUAAUUUGAUCUUGACUCAACGUUUUACUUAUUACCACCGCUGUUGUAAUGACCGUUUCAAUGAUUUUGGAACCUGUACCUAAGACCUCAUCGAGUUUGUCUUUCUCGCUCACCUUUGAUGAUAAAAAGUAUGCACAGUUUAUAGCACACCCUUGUCACCAUGGCAACGUUUUAUGUAAAAAGAAUCAGUCGUAUGUCCAGUGAUGAUGUAUUCAUUUGAAAUCUUGUGAUAAAGAUUAAAAGAA